UUUGCUUGUUGCCUGCAUAUAAUUCUGUUCCUCGCUACGCUUGCUUCUCCUUUACUUAUUUAGCCUCCUCUUUCCUCCUCGUCCUUCACGCUACUACACAAGCAAGCAAUCAGACUCGCAUCACACCACUGGCUUGGCUAGCUCCCCACCUCAGCCAAUCCGAUCUCUUGCAUAAACUAUUUCUUGGAUCCCUUGAGAGAGGAUCUAGAGCAGCAGAAGUGGGAUCUGCGCGCGCGCAGCAGCUUCGAUGGGCCUCGACGUCGCGGAAAUCUCUGAAUUGGCGGCGCUCCGGCCGGUCCAGACGACCGAAGUGCCAGGGGCGGACGAUGCUGCCGCCGACACCGGCUGCGUCACGCCGAAGGCGAGCGGCUCCGUGGCCAUGCUGCCAAUUGCGCCACUGCAGCAAGACGACGGCGUCGACGUUGGCUUCGCCACGCCGCUGGCCGCGGGUGGAGAAAUUGGGCCGCGAGAGGGCUGCGGAGCGGGGGCCACUGCCGGCGACGAGGGCAGCUUCACCACGCCCACAACGGCCGACAACGCGCUGGUGCCGGCCACCGCGUGCCCGCCGGCACCGCGCAAGUCGGCGCCGGCUCCGACCAGGAAGCGGGCGCCGCUGCAGCAGCGGCUCUUCUUCUACCCUGUGCCGAGCGACCUGACCACCGUCUUCGUCGCCGUGCCGCAGUGCCCGCCGCCUGCCAAGAAGAUGCGGGCGCACGUGGUAGAAUCUUCCGUGCCUCUAGGCACGUGAAAGUGUGAGAGACACACCUUCAUUCCCUCACUGUCUUGUAAAUGCAGUUCAGCACUUCACAUGCAGGGUGCCCGUAAGUCUAAAGUCUAGCGAUAAAUUCUUGGAUUCUCUUUUUUCCCGCCUGCGCAAGCAGUGGCUGCACGUGUCGUAGUUAGCUACUACUCCCUCCGAUCGAAAUUAGUCGUCACAAAAUGAAUGUAUCUAUAACUAAAAUACAUCUAAAUACAUUUAUUUCUUGGACGA